UUAAAAAAAAUUUUUUUUAAUCUUCUUUCUUCAACACUAACCCUUAAAAGACUGCUCUGAGCCUAAACUCUGAAAACACAUACACUAUUUUUCCAAAGUCCCUUAGCUAAAUAUGACAACAACCAUUGCAUACCCUGUGCUUUAAACAUACAUCAACUGACAUUAAACUAAUCCCACACAGGAAAAAAAAUAAUCGGAUCCACAUGCCUGCCAAGACACUGGAACCCACAUACAUACCACUGAUCUACCCCCACUGAAUCCCCUGGAAACUGCCACCUCCCUGUUCUAGAAUAUACCUCGGUCCACACCUGCAUCCCCAAACAUAACAAUAUUCACCCACAUAAAUAUUUGUCCACCCCUGAUAACCCCGAGUUGGGGAGACUCAAGCACACCCUUGAGAUGUUGCAGUGAGGUUAAGUGGCUCUGGGAUGAGCCCCACCUCAAAACAGAAAGCCUCAGGUCUCCCCUGUCCCCUUGAGUCAGCCAUGCUAGGUGUGAUUUCCAGUCUGCUUGCUCUGCCUAGAGCAAUCACAGGACCAGCUCCCUUGAGGGGUCAUCACACCACAACUCCUUCAGCCUAACAAGGGCCCCCGAGGCCAGCAGAGCAGAGCUCAGACUCAGGAGACGCACGCUGCCUGAGCUUCUGCCAUCAAGACGGUCCUUGCCCCUUGAGUCAAGACGUCUCUGCCUUCUGAAAUGGGGAGCUGGGAAAGCAGCAGCAUGCUGGGGGCCAGACUUGAGGGAUUGGAGGCCAGUGUGGGGAAACGUGCUAUCCCUUCCAAGUAGCACAUCAGCUCCCCCGCCUUUCCUGUUCCUCUCCUUGUUAAUCAGCGCAGAGUGUCAUGGGAGAAACAUGAGGGGGCUGUGCUUGGCUGAGAAGCAGACUUGCAGCUGAGUAGCAGAUGUGGUGCAGACCAGCUUCUGGAGAAAAUGGGAAGGCAAGAACAGCAUCUGGAUCUGGAGGUGAGCUUCGCCUUCAGUAUAAGGCCCUGGUGAUGCCCAUGGAUUUGGGAAGGGAGAAAUACAUGAAGGACCAUGACACUUACAAGCUGUCUCUACAGAACAACUAAUUGCAACAAAACAGAAAAAACAAGACUUGCAGGGUUCUGAGGAUUUGGAUUCUGGACUUGCAGUAUGGUAAAUAAUAAGUCAUCUUGUAUAUAAGUAGACCCAAAUCAAUGGAAAGAGUCAACCAAACCAGCAGUGUUUCUGAGUUCAUCCUCCUGGGACUCUCCUCCCGGCCUGGGGACCAGAAACCACUCUUUAUCCUCUUCCUCACCAUGUACCUGGUCACCAUAACAGGGAACCUGCUCAUCAUCCUCUCCAUCCACUCUGACUCCCAGCUCCAAACCCCCAUGUAUUUCUUCCUGAGUUUCCUGUCCUUCACUGACAUUUGCUUUACAACAACCAUUGUCCCCAGGAUGCUACUGAGCUUCCUGUCAGAGAAGACCAUCUCCUAUGCUGAGUGCCUGACACAGAUGUAUUUUAUUUAUGCUCUGGGCAACACUGACAGCUGCCUCCUGGCGGUCAUGGCCCUUGACCGCUAUGUGGCCAUCUGUGACCCCUUCCACUAUGUCACCAUCAUGAACCACCACCGCUGUGUCCUGCUGGUGGCCUUUUCCUGCUCACUUCCUCACCUCCACUCACUCCUACACACACUGCUACUGAAUCGUCUCACCUUCUGUGACAACAAUGUUAUCCAUCACUUCCUCUGUGACAUCAACUCUCUGCUGAAAUUGUCCUGCUCCUCCACAUUUCUCAAUGAAAUUGUGAUAAUGUCCGAAGGCCCUGUUGUUUUGGUGACCCCCUUUGUGUGCAUCACUUUCUCUUACAUACGAAUCCUCAUCACAGUUCUCAAGAUCCCCUCAGCUGCUGGGAAACGCAAAGCCUUCUCCACCUGUGGCUCUCACCUCACUGUGGUAACCCUCUUUUAUGGAAGCAUCUUCUAUGUCUAUUUACAGCCCCUGUCCACCUACACUGCCAGGGACCACAUAGCAACACUUGUCUACACAGUUCUUACCUCCAUGCUGAACCCUUUUAUCUAUAGCCUGAGAAACAAAGACCUGAAACAGGGCCUGAGGAAGCUGAUGGGCAGGAGGAAAUCCCAGGCAGCACCCUCUUGACAAACCCACAAGUGGAAUCUGCUUCACUUGAAUCUAAUAUCUGCUAGAUCUUGGUGAACAACUGAACUGUUGGAGAUGAGCUUUUUUAACCCAUGUGAGACAAGGCUGUUGUGGAUGCUCACAUGCACUGAUGACAGCCCACCAAUUGUCCCCUUCUCUGCUAAAAUCAUGAUACUCUUCCUCACCAUUCCUCCAUUUCCCCAUGAAGACUCGUCACCUCAUCCUCCAAAUACUGCUUGAAACUAAUUCUCUUCCCACAAAUACUUCCUGAACAAAUUGCUCUCCUUUUAUUGAGACUUACCCUCCAAAACCCUUCACAUGGCAGCCUAUUGCUGGAAAUGAUUACUGAAUUUGUAGCUUUUGAAUGUCUUUGCAGACAUUUCAUGUGGAAAAGAAUGGAGGCAGAGAAGGAAGGGAAGGAGGAGAAUUACAUUUUAGCAACUUUUCUCAUUGUGAGGAUUUUUAUAAUUCCCCAUUUUUCUCGGUCAAAAAACGUUUCCUUCCUUAAAAAUUUUUACCCUUACUCCUCUCUUAAAUUUUUUUAAAUCUUUAUUUAUUUUCAAGAGAGAGACAGAGUGUGAGCAGGGGAGGAGCAGAGA